GUUAUCAAGUAUUAACUAAAAAAUUGAAAUUUGAAAUAUAUAUAGAAAGUAAAUAUUAAUCUAAUAGGAUUAUUCAGUUUUUUGAUUUCAAAUAAAAUUUUGAUGAAUAUUGUUAUUUGAUAUAAUAGAAACACUCUUAUUUUAUUUGGAAUUAUUCAAAGGACUUCAAGUAAUGGCGCCCCAAAAAGGCAAAAUUGGCACUAAGGGCCAAAAACAAAUUUUAGAAGAGAACGAGGCUACAUUGAAGUUUUAUAGAAAUAUGAUUGCAGCAGUUAGCGCUAUAUACAUCAUAGUUCAAUUGGCUUUUGGAAAUGUUUUUUCUCUUACAAACAUUUUUUUAUAUGCUCUUGUUAUAGCAUCACAUGGGGGUAGUUAUAAAUUUAUGGCAUAUAUGUCAGCUGCUAAAUUUACUGAAAAUGGUCAGUUACUAGAUGCUGGUACAGAUCUCAACAUGGAAGGAGGUUUAGCCGAGUAUACGAAGGAUUUGAUUAUAUUAACAUCGGGUUGCCAAUUAUUAUCACUUAUUUCUAAUUAUUUUUGGCUUCUGUGGCUCCUAGCACCUGGUCAAGCAUUCUGGGUAUUAUGGAAAAACUUUUUAGGACCUUAUUUUAUGCAAAAAGCACCAGAAGAUAAUUCACCAGAAGUAAAUGAGAAAAAACAAAAAAAAUUGGAAAGGAGAAGAAAACGGCAGCAAAAUGUACGGUUUUAAUGACUUUUAUUGGUAAAUCGAGCUUAAUUAUUAUUUUUUUAAUUUAAAUUAUAUUUUUGUUACAACUUUGAAAUUGUUUUUUUUUAUAUGUAUUUAUAUGUAUACUUAAUAUAACAUUUUGUAAUUAUAUCUAUAAAUUGUAAUUCAAUUUGUUUUUUUUUUUUAUAUAUAUAAUAUUAUGUUCAUAUUUGUAAUUAUUAACAUUUAUAGUCAAUUAUUAUGCUUUAAAGAAUAUACUAUAACAUAUUAAUAAUUUAUUUAAAAUUUGAAUGUAUAAAAAUGAAUAAAUAAAAUGUAUAAACAUCUUAA